AUGGGCAAUGUUGGGGCUGUUACCGCAUGUAGUGGCGGUGCUGGGUACAAGCAGGCUGAAAGUUUGGAGGGGGUGAAUCACGGGGAAGACCAGUUGGCGGUUGACAGCCAGGGUACAGUGAGCUUGGGGGAUAACAGUCAAGUCGAUGCUAGCGUGCCGGUCGAAACGAGAGUGGGGCGCUCGGAUGUUGAGAGCCCGGUGAAUGUUGGCAAGUCAGGUAACGAAAAAAGGCCCCAUGAAUGGAAGAAAUGGACCUGUUGGGUAACUACUUCCUUUGUUUACUUUUUUUUUUCAGACUCGGGUGACGUUACGGGCGGUCCUGAAGCCACGCCCAAUGAUGGGAACAAAGAAACGGGCGCAACCGUCGACGACGGUGUUGAAAAUGCACAGGCGGAUGUUGAUGGGAGCCCACCUGCCGCCGACGUUUUGCAGCAGCAGGCUGCCUCAUUGCUUCGGCCCCUGGCUGUAUGCGGGCUGUUUGCUCCGUUGGUUGGAUCACCCAGGCUCGCAGCCGAAAUUGAAAAUGUUUCAGAACCUGGAACAGGGGUGGCCGCUGAACGGACUGAUGGCGUGACAACGGAAGGGGUGCAAGUGAGCGUUAAGACUGGCGGAGGUGAGACGGUUGUUAAUCGCAGUUCGACGAUGGAACUGGGGAUUGGGUCUGUUGGGCGGGGGCGAGGCUGGACCAAGUCAUCAAUUGCCGCGAGGCUUCUUAUCGGGCCCCCGUCUGUCAGCGCAGGCUGUUCCUCGGGCUUGCGUGCAGCAGACUACGUGCCCAGGGUAUCUUGCGAGGGGGAACAGCCCGUGGGUACGCGCAGUGGAGUGUAUAUAAAAAAAUACCAAUUCACGUUUCUUAUUUGGGUUUAA